AUGUUAAAGGAGAAGCGUUGCAGGUUGUUGGCAGGUAAUAGGAAGCUUAGUAAGUCAGAUAAGAUGCAAAUUAAGAAUUUUGGGAAUGCCGUAAUCAAAGUAACUCAAAUGAUUGGUUCAUUCGCUAAUGCUGUCGAGGGGUAUGAUAAGGUAGAAUUUUUGAAGAAGGACGUACAUAAUCAAAUUGCAAGACAAAGGAAAGAGAUGUCUUCUGAUGCUAAAGGUGUUGUCAGGUAUCUUAUUGAUCUUCGUGUUAAAGAUCCAUUGAUGCUUGUUGCACACACGGUGGGUGCGGAUGGAACGUUGCAAAAUCUAUUUUGGAGCGAUGGUGAGAGUCAAAAGAAUUAUGAACUGUUUGGUGAUGUGCUUGCUUUUGAUGCUACAUACAAGAAAAAUAAGUACAGGUGCCCAUUUGUUGUUUUUUCUGGUGUUAAUCACCAUAACCAGGCGAUUAUAUUUGCUACUUCCAUUGUUUCAAAUGAGGUUGAAGGGACAUAUGUAUGGUUGCUGGAGCAGUUUUUGGUUGCAAUGAAAUGUAAGAUACCUUUAUUUGUAAUAACGGACGAUGAUGUUGCUACGAGAAAUGCAAUCAGGAAAGUCUUUUCCAAUAGUUACCACAGUUUCUGUGCAUGGCAUCUCCUACGAAAUGCAAUUUCCAACAUUAGCAAUCCCAAUUUCAUCCCUGUUUUCAAAAAAUUAAUGCUUGGUGAUCACGAUGUUUGGAAAUUUGCGAGUCUGUAG